ACGGCUACUAUCCGUGAUCGCUGGUACCUGAUUCCCGUACGCCAGCGAAAUUCUUACCACGCGCGACUGCAUGGCACCCCAACGUGAUGGCUAGGCUGAGGACUCGACCUAGCAAUCCUGCGCGACUUUCACUCAGCAAUGCCUAAUUGCCGAGCUAUCCGAACGGACUGGAACUCGCAAGGCUGUGAUGUCGUAGCUGCCACCCAACCCUCUCAGACAGUUCUCGGCAGUCCCGAGGGUGAGAGCUGCUUCGCGGAACAAUACCCAGUUGCGGUCGACGGUUCGGCGGCGUACAACAUGAGCCAAGGAUGCCUCGAUGCUGCAGUCGCCGAGGUCAUACCCAUCACCCUCGGCGCGGCAUCGAUGGAUGUUCACUAUGACCUAGUCGUCGAGAUCUUUUGCUUGCACAACGCCUCCUGUGCGGUCCUUCCACUUGCAGCCUGGGACAUCAUAACCAUGAUGCACGAUUACAUUCUCGGCUCACACGGCGCGGCGUUUGAGUCAUCGCCUGACAUAUUAUCGGCCCUCCCUGUGGCUACUGCGAGCCACCCGCAGCUACAUGAUCCAGACGGUCAACCUGCAGCCCAGCCUGCACUCCUGAUGAUUGGUACGCUCCCUGAAGGGGACGACGGCCAGGUUCAGGUGCAAUGCAAGUCGGACGACUGUCGCCGUUACCUGUUGGGUACGCGCACAGCCAGCAUCAACCGACACCUGCUUCGCUAUCACUUCGCGGACACAGAGGCUCAGUGGAUGAUAUCCGAAGACAGGAUCCGAUUCCGGUGGGAUGGAUGCGGGCGGCUGCUAUUAAAGCGCAUGUUGGCAACACAUACCCGUAUCACGCAUCUUCAAUGUGGCAAGGUCCAGUGCAAGCUGCCCGGGUGUGGCUUCGCGAAGUUCAACCGCAGGGAUGCAUUGACGAGGCAUCUGAAGCAGGCGCACGGCAUCAGUUCGGAGGGAGGCUCGGUCCAUGGCACUAGAUCAAGGACCACAACGGCGGCAUCACCUUGAGGAGCGGUACGAGUGCUCUGCGGACCAUGUCCCGUGUAAGUGAUGAUAACUUAUGUCCCAUGUUCUCCAUCCAGACGCCGUUCGAUCAUAUAUUAUGGUUCCGAUAUGUAUGACCUUGACGUCGAUGUAUCCAUAGCGCAAGUCCGG